AUGUCCGGAGCUCCAGCUCCAGCAGCUCUCAAGCCGGGCAUCCUCGUCGUAACCCUCCACGAAGCCCGGGGCCUCUCACUGCCUGGACACUACCACAAUCCCUCUCUCCUCGACCGGACUCGCCGCUUAUUAGCUCAUGGCAGCCAGGGAACGCCCUCACUUCGGGACCGCGAGUUUGCCAGAUACAUGCCGUACGCUCUGGUGGAUUUCGAAAAAGUCCAAGUCUUUAUCAAUUCCGUCGAUGGCACCCGCGAGAACCCACUCUGGGCCGGCUCCAACACGCAGUAUAAAUUCGACGUGUCCCACGCCGCCGAGCUCACCGUGCACGUGUUUAUCCGGAAUCCAAGCGCGUCUCGAGGAACGGGGCGAACACAGGAUAUCUGUCUCGGGGUCCUUCGCCUCCAUCCGCGAUUUGACACGGGGCAAAAUAAUGGAUCGAGGAGCGCAGGAUACAGUGGAGUGGAGUGGGUCGAUAUGCAACAUGGAACAGGCAAGCUCCAGCUCGGCGUCGAGUACGUGGAGAACCAAGCCGGCAAGCUGAGCAUCGACGACUUCGACCUGCUCAAGGUGGUGGGGAAGGGUAGUUUUGGCAAAGUCAUGCAAGUGCGCAAGAUAGAUACCAACCGCAUCUACGCGCUCAAGACCAUCCGCAAAGCCAAGAUCAUCUCCCAGCGCGAAGUCAUCCACACCCUCGCCGAACGGUCUGUGCUGGCGCAGAUCAACAACCCGUUCAUCGUGCCGCUCAAGUUCACCUUCCAGUCUCCCGAGAAACUAUACUUCGUACUGGCUUUUGUGAACGGCGGAGAGCUGUUCCACCAUCUCUCGCAGGAAGGCCGCUUCGACAUCAACCGCGCGCGCUUCUACACCGCCGAGCUCCUCUGUGCACUCGAAUGCCUGCACGGCUUCAACGUGAUCUAUCGCGAUCUCAAACCCGAGAACAUCCUGCUGGACUAUCAAGGCCACAUUGCACUAUGCGAUUUCGGGCUCUGCAAGCUCGAAAUGAAAGACGAAGACAGCACGAAUACAUUCUGCGGCACACCGGAGUAUCUCGCACCGGAACUCCUUCUCGGAAAAGGGUACAACAAGACGGUGGACUGGUGGACGCUCGGCGUGCUGCUAUACGAAAUGCUCACUGGCCUACCACCCUUCUACGACGAGAACAUCAACGAGAUGUACCGCAAGAUCCUAAUGGAGCCACUCUCUUUCCCCGGCUCGGACGUCGUCCCACCUGUGGCCAAAGAUCUACUCACAAAACUGCUCAGUCGCAAUCCAGCCAACCGACUCGGGGCCAACGGUGCGCCGGAAAUAAAAUCACAUCCGUUCUUCCAUGCAAUUGACUGGAGAAAGCUGCUUCAGCGGAAAUACGAACCAACCUUCAAGCCGAACGUGGCCAGUGCCAUCGACACAGACAAUAUUGCAUCUAUUUUCAUCGAUGAGCCCGCGCAGGACUCGUGGAAUGAUGAUCCCAUCCUCUCCCAGACCCAGCAGGGUCACUUUGUUGGCUUCAGCUUUCAUCAGCCCGUUGCCGGGCUGAAUGCUGCGGGUGGGAGUAUUCAGGAUCCGGCCUAUAUCCAUGGCUCCCAGUGA